AGUGCCCUAGAGUCAUGACAAGCAGAAAGAACGCACUUGUCUGCAGAUACUGUUGGUGAUAUUUAAAUGUGUGGGUUAAUGUUUUAUCCACUUCAGCUUCUUUGCUUUGUAUUUCUUCUCUGAAGCUGUGGGCAUAGGAAUCUGCAGCCAAAUUACUCCGGAGCGGAUUGCACGACAAUCCUAUAACAAAUCACUACAUUCCUGGCAUCUGGAUUCCUGAUCUUUUUGCAGAAUGGCAGGUGUGAGUGGUUGUCUAAAAUAUUCUAUGUUUAUCUUCAACUUCUUAUUCUGGGUGUGUGGUAUCUUGAUCCUGGCCGUGGCGAUAUGGGUACGAGUAAGCAAAGAUGGUCAAGAGAUUCUCAGUAGUGGGGACACUGGCACCAACUCCUAUGUUUCUGUGGAUCUCUUGAUCGCUGUGGGUGCCAUCAUCAUGGUCCUGGGCUUCCUGGGGUGCUGCGGUGCCGUGAAAGAAAGCCGCUGCAUGCUUCUCUUGUUUUUCAUAGGUUUGCUGCUGAUCCUGCUCCUGCAAGUGGCAGCGGGAAUCCUAGGAGCUACUUUUAAAUCUGAGUACAGCCGCAUUCUAAAUGAAACUCUUUAUGAAAAUGCAAAACUGUUGAGUGAAACAAAUGACGCUGCAAAAACCUUCCAGCAGGCGAUGAGUGAAUUUCAAGAAGAGUUUCAAUGCUGUGGUCUGGUCAAAGGAGCUGCUGAUUGGGGAAAUAAUUUUCAACAAAAUUACAAAUCAUGUGAAUGUUCAUCAACGACGUUAGAUUCCUGUACAGUUUAUAAUGGACUGUAUGUGUACAAAGAGACAUGUAUUUCCAUGGUAAAAGACCUAUUUGAGAAACAUAUUAUUAUAAUUAUUGGAAUCGCUUUUGGACUGGCGGUUAUUGAGAUACUUGGUUUGGUGUUUUCUAUGGUCCUGUACUGCCAGAUUGGGAACAAAUGAUUCUGCAGAAGUGUCAAGCUAUCAUCCGUCAAAACCCUUUAAAAUUUUGUUUUAGCUUUGUGACUAAAUAUGUGAGUACGUGUAUUUCAGAUGCAACUGUUCUAUUAAAAUGUCUCAUUUAGUUAGACCUAGGAUAUACUCUAGAUGCAUUGAAUAUAUUUAAGAAUUGAGGAACAAAAUGAAAAUUAUGUGGAUGUGUAUUUUUACUCAAAAUAAAAGUAACUUUAUAUGGAUUUU